UCUACGUUGUAAGGUCAAGAGAAUAGUGUCAUUCGUUUCGCGAACUUGCCACGUUUAUCAUGGAUUUUACUCACAAAAGGGUAUAUCAGAUUCUGUCAUCUAUACUGGAACCACUCGAAGCAGAUUUGCCUACGGACGGGAACGGUGACGAGGAAGCAUAAAUUUUCAAAGUAGACAAAUAACGUUAGGAUUUAUCUAUUUCGGUACCACAUUUUGAUUGAAAAAUUAUAGCUCUAACAUGAAACGUAGGAGCAGUUAUCGUAGAUCGCGAUCCACCGAGGAUCUAUGUUCAAAUUUAAAUAUUAUCGGUGAUCUUAUAAACGAGAAAUGUAUCAAUAAGUCUAACACCUCUUUCAAUGUACGCAUUAAUGUACCCAUGAAUAUCAACGAUGAUACCGAUUUGGUAAAAAACGAUAGCGCGGAAGAUGAAACGAAUUAUUGGCCGAAUUGUGAUGGAUCUAUUUUGACAAGAUCUUGUGAAUACGAAGUAAUCGAUCCGAUUCCUGGACACGUUGUUGGUAAAAUACCAAAGUGGUUGAAAGGUAGUCUAUUGAGAAAUGGUCCUGGCAGUUUGAAAGUGGGCGAUUAUACUUUUAAUCAUUUGUUCGACAGUUCGGCUCUUUUGCACAGGUUUGAAAUAUCGGAUGGAAAUGUAACUUAUCAAAGAAGAUUUGUACAGACAGAGAUUUAUAAAAAAAAUAAAGCUGCCCAAAGAAUCGUGGUAUCGGAAUUUGGUACGAAAGCUGUGCCAGAUCCUUGUCAAACUAUUUUCAAGAGAGUUACUGCAGUAUUUAAUCCGUCGGAAAGCUUCUCGGAUAACACGAUGAUAUCGGUUUAUCCACUUGGUGACGAGUAUUACACGUUCACGGAAUCACCCGUAAUCCAUCGGAUUGAUCCGGAAACCUUGGAGACCAAGAACAGAGUGAACGUAUCAGAUUAUGUGAACAUUGUCAAUCAUACUUCCCAUCCUCACGUGGCGAACGAUGGAACUGUGUAUAACGUUGGACUUAGUAUAACUUCUCGAGCUUCUGCUUACACUGUUGUUUGUUUUUCACCUUCUAGAAUUAUCAUUGAUGAAAAUGGCGAAGAAAAGGAAUUAUCCAUGUUUGAUCAAGCAGUUAUUGUUGCUACCUGUCCAUCGAGAUGGUUAAUAAAUCCUUCUUAUAUGCAUACUUUUGGAAUAACUGAAAAUUAUUUUAUUAUCAUAGAACAACCCUUGGCUGUUUCUCUUUUAAGUAUGAUGGCUUGUCAGAUCAAACAAGAAGCUAUGAUAGGUUGCAUGAAGUGGUAUGAAGAUAAAGAUACUCUGAUACAUGUAAUAUCGAAAGAGACUGGCCUAGUAGAGAGGACUUUUAUCGCUGAGACAUUUUUUUAUUUACACAUUAUUAAUCAAUUUGAGACUCGUGACAGAGAUUACAUCGUUCUAGAUAUCUGUUGCUAUCGAAAUGCAAAAAUGUUGGAGUGUAUGUAUAUUGAAACGAUAAAGAAUUUGCAUAAGAAUCCCGAUUACGCAAAAUUAUUUCGUAGUAGACCUUUGCGUUUUAUUUUACCAAUGAAGAAACCUUCGAACGACGUCCCAAUGGAAUAUAAUUUGAUCAACGUUAAAACGGUCUACCAAAGUGCUGAAGUUUUUGAAGGAUUGAAACUCGAUGAGAAAAGUGAGGCUAACGUUGAACUCGUCGAAGAGAAUAAUUACAAAAAAGAUACUAACAUAGACAAAUCCAAUGGAAUGGAUAAAAGGUACGAGAAUCGGAGUAGUAAUCUUUUGAGAAGAAAAGCUGCAGCUCACAAGUUACCAGACGGGAAUAUUUUUGUUAAACCAGAACUUCUUUGCGAUCUUGGUUGUGAAACACCUCGUAUAAAUUAUGAUUCUUACGUUGGUAUGGAGUAUCGCUACUUUUACGCGAUAUCCAGCGACGUUGACAUAGAAAAUCCUGGCACGCUAAUUAAAGUGGACACGGUGAAUAAAACAAAGAAAACAUGGUGCGAAAAAAAUGUUUACCCUAGUGAGCCAAUUUUUGUACCCGAUCCACAUGGAAAGAAAGAGGACGAUGGAGUGAUCGUGAGUGCUCUUUUGUGGGCUCAGGAUCGUGAGAACCAAGCUGGUUUAUUGAUUUUGGAUGCUGAAACUUUUACCGAAAUUGCGAGAGCUACCUUCGAUACACCUGGACCUGUACCAAAGUGUUUGCAUGGUUGGUUUAUAUUUAAUAAAUAAUAUCGUUCGUUAAAAGUUAACUUAAACAGAUGGAUAUUAAUAGUAUUGAAUGUUUAUGUCGAUUCGUAUUUUACGUGGUAAAAAGUAUUUGAUGUUCCUAUUUAUAAUAAUAAUGAUAAUAAUGGCGGGUAAUUAUUAUUAUUGAAUAAUUAUAUUUAAAUGU